AAUGAUAGUAGUAUUUGUACACAUAGUUCGUGUGAUUCCCUUAACUUUUGUAAUUUUGUUGCUGCUUGACGCCAUUUUGGGUGAGACAACAUGGCGGACCGUGACUUCAAUAUGACCUUUGCUCCGGAUGUACCCAGGCGCACACAGAGGGGGGAAAGAUGGCAGCCUGCCGCGACAAAGUUAAUGAACCGGGCGCAGCUCUUUACGGCAACUUCAUAAAUUAUUACACGUUUAAUCCACCAGAAAAACGUUUGGAACUGAUUCCAGCGACGCUGCUGCAGGAUUUCGGCCUCGGUGACGGACAGCAGACGACACUGAUACUGGACGUGGGCUGUAACUCAGGGGAACUGAGCAUAGCCUUCUACAAGCAUUUGGUGCAGAACACUGAAAGUGGAUCAGACAAGAUCUUUCUCCUGGGUUUCGACUUGGAUCAGACCCUGAUCCAGAGGGCUCUGGAAUUGAACCCCCUGCCGGCCAGCAUCUCCUUCAUCCCUUUGGAUGUCACUGAAGACACUGAGCAGCUGCAGGACUACCUCAGGCUGCACGGCUGCAGCCGCUUCCACCUGUGUCUGUGCCUGGCGGUCACCAUGUGGGUCCACUUAAACCACGGAGACGCUGGCCUGCUGCGGUUCAUCUCUCACCUGGCCUCCAUCAGUCAGUACCUGCUGCUGGAAGCCCAGCCUUGGAAAUGUUACCGCUCUGCAGCUCGGCGCCUGAGGAAGCUGGGCCGCUCAGACUUUGACCACUUUAAAACGCUUAAGAUCCGUGGGGACAUAGCCAAGGAGGUCACGCGGCACCUGGAGACUGACUGUGGCAUGGAUCUCAUCCGGAACUUUGGCAGCACUGCCUGGGAGCGUCAGCUGCUGAUGUUCAAGAGACAAACGUGAGCAUGUGCUGGCUAUUGCAAGGGAAAACGGGAAUAAUUCGAUAUUUCGUAGCUGUUGAUAUUGUUGGGCGCCCUCUGCUGGAUAGAGCUGAGUAGCAGUAGCGCCACUGUAAGGUUAGGUCAGAGAACAUCACGUUACUACAUUCACACCACAGAACUGCCUUGGGUCCUGGAUGGCAACCACCCAGACAGACAAGUCGCUCAGAAGCUGUAGUGCCACACCCUCAUUUCAAAGAGCCAGUUUAAAGAAAAAUAACAUUUCUCAACUCAAAGCUCCAGAAAAUUAACGACUGCCCCAUCUAUAUAUUAGCCCUUCGGCUGCUCCCUUGUUUGCACUUGGGGUCGCCACAGCAAAUCCAAGGUGGAUCUGCAUGUUGAAUUGGCACAAGUUUUACGCCGGAUGCCCUUCCUGACGCAACUCCACAUUACAUGGAGAAAUGUGGCAGGGGUGGGACUUGAACCCGGAACCUUCUGAACUGAAACCAAGCGCAUUAACCACUUGGCCACCACCCCUGCUCCCAUCUAUAUAUUAGCCCAUGGGCGGAAAUUUGAUGUUGAUCUUUGAGCAUUAACCGAUCGUAACCAAAAUCAGUAUUUUUUUUUUUUUCUCGACCACAGGCCAAAUGUACCUACCAGGUCAGAUGAGGUAUUCUUAACGUUGUCUUGUUCACAUAGAUACAUAGAGACCAAAGUGAUUGCAAGCGUAUGCCUCCGGCAGUGUUGCAAUAAUCAUCGGAGUGAAAUGGAAAAACACACUUGGGCUGACUGAAUUCUGCCUAUUCCACUUCCUGUUGCUCCACUUGUGGGCACAGUGGCACUUUGCAGCACUUGGCAUGGCAGCCGGGUGCCCAGCAGAUACAGUUACAAUUGAUACUGCGUGUUUUUUUUUUUACCAUUUAUAAAAUUAUUCGUCUUCCAUCAAUUUAUAUGGCAAUGAACUUGACUCCAUUUACUGCAGUUGUGGAAGAUAAAUCCAAACACUUGGAAAUGAAACAUUUGGAAGCAGAUUCGGUGCAGUCGAUACUGCAGUGUGAAGCCACACACAUCAUUCAGAAGCCGUCGCAAGUACAGUGCAUCUCAAAACUAUUCACAACACUUCACUUUUUCCAAAUGGAUCAUUCCAUAUGAAAUCACCAAAGGUCCCAGUUUUAUGGUUUUAGAAUUGCCUGGUUUUGAUAUAUUUUGUAGUGAGUGUUGAGAGAAGAAUGGUCAUUGGCGGCAGCUCAAUAUCUUGUUUUGUUUAGAUUCUAUGGAGGUUUUAAAAAGGGGGCGUGUCCGUGUUAUAACCCCGUGUUCCGUUUGUGACCAUGUUUACUUGGCCAUAAAUCAAAAACUAGAGAAUAUAUUAACUUGGUAUUUUCAAAAUUUGUUUAUUCUGUCUUAAAGUUUAUGUAAAAUCUACAGUUAUAUAAAUUAACCCCCUGAUGGCCAUGCCAUUAAUUACCAAAAAAUGGAAUUUGAAAAAAAAAAAAUGUUCCGAAAGUGUGCUGACUUUGAUGUGCAUUUAACCAUAUUUGCCUUGUCAUGUAAAAAACGCUGUUUGGCAUGUUGGUAGUACUAAUGUUAGGCUUCCUUGGGAUACAAAGAACACCACCACAGUGUCCUCAGAUUUUGCCCAAAAUUAACUCUUGUCCGGCUUUUUUUUACCAAAUAUGUUCCUUUGGCGCCCCCUUUUGGGCAUGUGGGCAUCUUUUGAUUUUUGUUUUGUUGGUCUCAAAUGAAAGGUCUUCGUUGGAACUUCAAAUUAAACCUGGUACCAACAUCUAACAAAGAGGCCUGAUGGGAAAACAAGUGCCCUCUUUAUUGGUAUUGGAUCUUCAGUUUUCAGCUUAAUCAAAAUGUACAUGACAAUGUACUUAAAUGUACAGGAAAUAUGACAAUCUAUACGAUAGCCAUUCUGAAAUCCAGCCAGCAUGUAUACACAUACAUUGCUACAUUAUAAACAAUGUCUGUAUCACUGAAUAAACAAAGCACAGUAACUAACGUGUAGCUAGCUGUACAUAAGCUAUGCCCAUGCAUGGACUAACUUAAGUUCACGCAAAGGUGGUCAUUAAUCAUAUGAAUGGAAUUUUUCCUUAAUGGUGACUUCAGACUCACCUUGCAUAGGUUUGCUUGUGACAGGGAUCAUUCUUAAAAAAGAAUGAUCCCUGUCACAAGACACUGUGGUGGUGUUCUUUGCAUCUCAAGGAAGCCUAACAUCAGUGCUACCAACAUGCCAAAGAGCAUUUUUCAAAUGACAAGGCAAAUAAGGUUAAAUGCACAUCAAAGUCAGCACACUUUCGGUACUUUUUUUUUCAAAUUCCAUUUUUUAGUAAUUAAUGGUGUGACCCCCAGGGGGUUAAUUUCUUCAACUGUACAUUUUACAUAAACUUUAAGACAGAAUAAACAAAUUCUAAAAAUAUCAAGUUAAUAUCUUUUCUAGUUUUUGAUUUAUGGCCAAGUAAACAUGGUCACAAAUGGAACACAGAGGGUUAACACUGACAUGCCCCCUUUUUCAAACCCCCAUAGAAUCUAAACGAAACAAGAUAUUGAGCUGCCGUCAAGACCAUUCUUCUUCUCUUAACAUGAGCUACAAAAUAUAUCAAAACCAGGCAAUUCUAAAACUAUAAAACUGGGACUUCCCCUUAUUUUGGAUGAUUUCAUAUGGAAUGACCCAAAUCUUUUUGGUUACAGCCUUGUUCCUCAAAAUUCUA